AUGGCUCCUAAUAACCAAGACCCAAACCAAGACAAAACAGCUGGAGAUAAUCUCGAUGAAUUCAUCGACAAUGCAAGAGCAAAUCUCGAAAAUGCCAAGACAGAAAUAAACAAUGUGCGCGAGAAGGUUAUCAAGGAUUCAGAGGCAGCUAUCGACAAUGCCAAGACAGAAAUGGAAAAUGUGCGUGAGAAGGUCAACGAAGCAACUGAAGAACAGACGGAAGCAGCGAAAAGCAACGCAGAAAAGGUUAGUGAUUCGUUACCCAACUCUGCGAAGGAUGCUGGAUCACAACUUGGUGGUGCAAUCGAUUCUGGUGUGCAACAAGCAAAGGAUGCCAUCAGCGGCAACAAUGAAAAGAAGUAA